CACCGUAUAAUCUUGCCGGAGUAGGAUUAGGUGGCAACACGUCAAUAAUAGAAUUCCUUCGUCACAAUGAAGAUGCACCGUGGAAUCAUAUAACACGGGAUAUUCGAGUAAUACUCUCAAGCAGCUGCCGUGAUUCCUUUAUCAUCGGAUCUUCUUACGCUUCAAAACCACACAUGCCUCAUUACGGACAUCUCAUUAUGAAUGCAACGUACAGAGCACCUAUGGACUAUAAAAACGAGAGUCGCCUUAUUUUCGCAGAAAGGCGUAACGGACAAACAACAAUAAAAAAAUUAACUGAUCCUAACCAAAUGAUAACCAACUAUGGUACUUUCUUUGUCAGCGAGGCAUUAGGUGGUGUUCUAAAAAUGAAAUACGGAAGUGUGGCGUGUAAUCUUAUGUGGGAUGAUUACCAGGAGCCUCUCUUACCAUUUGAAGAAAUUGUUAAAAGACAGCAAUGCCCCGAGAUACAUCUAGAGUCAGAUAUGAUAGCCGUUGGCACAAUAAUUAACACUGAGCCAAACCUAUGGACUCAUGAACAGCGUUAUGGUGUUAGUCUGUACAAGAGAUUAGCGUUCCAUUGUUUCUCUGAUGAUGGAGUAGGAGGACAAUUUAUUAGUGAUACUACACCGGAUACGACGGAAUAUGAAGGUUACUUCAAUGUAGCGGAGAAUAUUCAAUACUCUUAUUUUUUACGGUCAUAA